CCGUGACGGACCCGGAAACCCUCCUGCAGCUUGUUGUCGCAGCUCAGCUGAUUUUUGUCCUGGACCGUGAAACACAGACUCUCACACGGUAAAGGACGGUACCGGACGGUAACACAGCUGCUUCUUCUCGGCUCUUAGUGGUUGUGUUGUCGCCACCAUGAACGUGACGCUCGCGGUGAAGCAGUACAUCUCUAAGAUGGUGGAGAGCAGCGGGCCCGGGAUGAAGGUGCUGCUGAUGGACAGAGAGACGACCAGCAUAGUGAGUGUGGUGUACACUCAGUCUGAGAUCCUGCAGAAGGAGGUUUACCUCUUUGAGCGGAUCGACUCUCAGAACAGAGACAGCAUGAAACACCUGAAGGCCAUCUGCUUCCUCAGACCCACUAAGGAGAACGUAGAACAUCUGAUCCAAGAGCUGAGGAGACCAAAGUACAGCGUCUACUUCAUCUACUUCAGUAAUGUGAUCAGUAAGAGUGAGAUCAAAGCUCUGGCUGAAGCUGAUGAACAGGAAGUGGUGGCUGAAGUCCAGGAGUUUUAUGGAGAUUUCAUCGCGGUGAAUCCUCACCUGUUCUCUCUCAACUUACAUGGAGUUGCCAGGGGCCGGAGCUGGGAGCCCUCCAUGUUGUCUCGCUGCACUCAGGGUCUGACCUCCGUCCUCCUCGCUCUGAAGAAGUGUCCAAUGAUCCGCUACCAGCUGUCCUCGGACAUGUCCAAGCGCCUGGCCGAGAGCGUCAAGCAAAUCAUCACCAAGGAGUACGAGCUGUUUGACUUCAGGAAGACCGAGGUUCCUCCUCUGCUGCUGAUCCUCGACCGCAGUGAUGAUGCCAUCACACCUCUGCUCAACCAGUGGACCUACCAGGCCAUGGUCCACGAGCUGCUGGGUCUGAACAACAACAGGAUCGACCUGUCCAGGGUCCCGGGGAUCAACAAAGACCUGAGAGAGGUGGUCCUGUCUGCGGAGAACGACGAGUUCUACGCCAACAACCUGUACCUGAACUUUGGAGAGAUCGGCACCAACAUAAAGAACCUGAUGGAGGAUUUCCAGAGGAAGAGACCCAAAGGACAACAGAGGCUGGAGUCCAUCUCUGACAUGAAGGCCUUUGUAGACAACUACCCUCAGUUUAAAAAGAUGUCGGGCACCGUGUCAAAACACGUGACAGUGGUGGGGGAGCUGUCUCGGCUGGUGUCGGAGCGUCAGCUGAUGGAGGUCUCGGAGGUGGAGCAGGAGCUGGCCUGUCAGAACGACCACUCCAACGCCCAGCAGAGUGUACGUCGUCUGCUGCAGAACCCUCGUCUCUCAGAGCUGGACGCCGUCCGCCUCGUCAUGCUGUACGCUCUGAGAUACGAGCGGCACAGCAGCAGCAUCCUGCCGUCAUUGAUGGACGAGCUGAGCAGGAGAGGAGUGUCUGAACGACACCGCAGGAUGGUUCAGUCUGUGGUGGAGUAUGGAGGGAAGAGAGUCCGAGGAAGUGACCUCAUCACGCCGACAGACGCCGUCGCAAUCACCAAACAGUUCUUCAAAGGACUCAAGGGUGUGGAGAACGUGUAUACUCAGCAUCAGCCUCUGCUUCAUGACACUCUGGAUCAGCUGAUUAAAGGUCGACUCAAAGACAGUCAGUUUCCAUACCUGGGAGCCAGCAGCCUCCGAGACAGGCCUCAGGACAUUAUUGUCUUUGUGAUUGGUGGAGCCAUGUAUGAAGAAGCUCUGACUGUUUACAACCUGAACCGCAGCACACCUGGAGUCCGCAUCGUCCUGGGAGGAAGCAGUAUCCACAACACUAAGAGUUUCCUGGAGGAAGUAACGUUGACUACUGGACACGGUGGCGACAGACCACAUGGAAGUGGUCGUCAUGGCAGCAGACGCUGAACACACAUGAACGGACUCCUGACGAGCUCGUUGGAUAAAAAAACAACAUUCCCAACAUUUAGUGUCCAUGUUUGUUUUUAUUUAAAGACACUCACAUGAUGGGUCAGAAUAUUAGGAACACCUCUGGAUCUAACACAGUCCAUAACAACACCAUCAGUGAUAAAACACACAACUGAACAUUAGAGGCUUCAGAACAGGAGACUGUGUCAGACUGUGCAGGUGUACCUAAUAAAGUGGACACUGAAAACAGGAAGUGACAUCAUGGACCCAGUGAACCUGCUCAGUUUAGUUUGUUCGACCAGUGAAAUCUGUCUCCACCAUUCACUGACUUGUUGUUUUCUUGUUUGUUGAUUGAAUGUCCCUUUAAAGUGUCUGUGAAUGUUUUAACUUCAAAACACCAAUAAAUCAAAAACCUGA